AUGUUGGUUGUUUCAUUUUGGUAUCAGAGCCUAGACGGUUUUAGGACUGUUAGAAUUGCUAGGUUAGUAUCAUCCCCUUCAGCUACAAGAGAUUCCGCGAGGCCGUGGAGGUCGGGGCCGAGAUUGUGGACUUCGGCGGAUUCGGGAGAGAGUGUGGUGCCGAGUGUGGCGACUGCGUCGGUGACCCAGUCGGUAUCCGUGGCGAGUGAGGCCAGUGUGGAUGCGAGUGUUGGUUUGGGAGCGGGGGCUGCUCCGGGUUGGGGUGGUGCUCCGGCUCAGGGUCUUGAUGACUUAGUGGUGGGUUUGCUGACGCAGUUAUUGGCUCGUUUUCCGCCAGUGGUUCCACAAGGGGCUCCGGGAGUACCUCCAGUGGCAGAGGUGCAGCAGAGGGCUGCGGGAUUUGUUCAGCCGCAGGCUGUGGGUUUGAUGGUGCCGUCCUACUUGGAUAUGUUGGGGCACAUGCAGAGGAUUGUGGGCGGUUUUGAGUCCCACGUUUUAUUCGACUCUGGAGCAUCGAAUUGCUUCAUUACACCGGAGCGUGCCGAGAAGAGUGGCAUCCGGAGUAGCGCGGGCGAGAGCGCGGGCAUGGUCAAGGUGGCGGGAGGUGGAUUCUUGUCUACUUUGGGCCGUGCUAGAGGAGUCGAGAUCGAGAUUGCGGGGCAGUCAAUGCCAGCAGACUUAGUCAUCAGUCCGGUGGAGCUGUAUGACGUUAUUCUCGGGAUGGACUGGUUGUCACACUACAGAGUUCAUCUGGAUUGCUACAGAGGUAGAGUGGUCUUCGAGCGAGAUGCAGGGAGGUUGGUUUAUCAGGGAGUGAGACCGACUUCCGGGAGUAUUGUGAUAUCUGCUAUUCAGGCCGAGCAGUUGUUAGAGCGGGGCUGUGAGGCGUAUCUGGCGACGAUUUCUAUGUCUGAGUCAGGAGCUGGAGUUGUUAUGGGAGAUAUUGAGGUUGUCCAGGAUUUUGAGGAUGUCUUUCAGUCACUGAAGGGAUUACCACCAUCUCGGUCUGAUCCUUUCACGAUUGAGUUAGAGCCGGGGACAGCACCGAUAUCGAAGACGCCUUACAGGAUGGCGCCAGCUGAGUUGGCAGAGCUGAAGAAGCAGAUAGAGGACCUUUUGUCUAAGGGGUUCAUUCGACCAAGUGUUUCACCGUGGGGAGCACCGGUGUUGUUUGUGAAGAAGAAGGAUGGAGUUUCAGACUUUGUAUCGAUUACAGAGAUUGACUUGGCAUCGGGGUAUCAUCAGAUCCCGAUAGAUGAGGCAGAUGUCAGGAAGACUGCUUUCAGGACGCGUUAUGGGCAUUUUGAGUUUGUGGUUAUGCCUUUCGGUUUGACUAACGCGCCGGCAGCCUUCAUGAGAUUGAUGAACGACGUGUUCAGGGAGUAUUUGGACGUGUUUGUCAUCAUUUUCAUUGACGAUAUUCUGGUAUACUCGAGGAGUCAGGAGGAGCAUGCGACUCACUUGAGGUUGGUUCUGGAGAAGCUUCGGGAGCAGAAGCUUUUUGCUAAGUUGAGCAAGUGCAGUUUCUGGCAGCGAGAGAUGGGAUUUCUUGGCCACAUUGUUUCUGCAGAGGGAGUUUCUGUGGAUCCGGCUAAGAUUGAGGCUAUCAGAGAUUGGCCUAGACCUAGUAGUGCCACCGAGAUCAGGAGUUUUCUGGCUGAGUGUGAGGAGAGCUUUAGUCAGCUCAAGGAGAUGUUGACUACUACACCAGUGUUGGCGUUACCCGAGCCAGGGAAGCCUUACAUGGUGUAUACAGAUGCUUCAGGCAUUGGUCUUGGUUGUGUGCUGAUGCAGGAGGGCAGAGUGAUAGCAUAUGCUUCGAGACAGUGGCAGGGCAGUGAGCGUAACCGUCCUACACAUGACUUAGAGUUGGGAGCAGUGAUCUUCGCGUUGAAGAUUUGGAGGUCUUACUUGCUAGGUGAGACAGUACAGGUCUUCACGGAUCACAAGAGUUUGCAGCAUAUCUUCACUCAGCCGAUGAUGAACGCGAGACAGACGCGCUGGGUUGAGUUCUUGGCGGACUAUCAGGUGAGCAUUAACUACCAUCCGGGCAAGGCUAACCUAGUGGCGGACGCGUUGAGUAGACGGAGGUAUGAUUCCGCAGUUGAGCGAGAUGUGGAGUCUCUAGUUGGCGAGAUCAGUACCUUGCGUUUGUGUGCCAUUUCGCAGGAGCCUUUGGGUUUAGAGGCAGUGGAUCAGGCGGAUCUACUUAGCAGGAUCAGAGUUGCUCAGCAGAGUGAUCAGAGUUUGCUAGAUGCGACGAGAGUGACUGGUUCUGAGUAUGAGGUCUCUGCGAAUGGGACUAUCUUGGUUCGUGGGCGAGUUUGUGUGCCUAAGGAUGUGGAGUUGAGACAUCAGAUUUUGGGAGAGGCUCACGCGAGCAAGUUUUCCAUUCAUCCAGGGAGCGACCAAGAUGUACCAUGA